GCAAAAAAGAAAAAAAGGAAAAGUUUACGCCGUCCGAUUUGUGUAGCUUCUUCCAACUAAUUCUUCUUCGUAUUCGUAGCCGUGAAAUCGUAAAGAUUCCAACUUUCUAUAUUGAAGAUGACAGACAAGUGCGAUGAGGCUCGGGUUCCUCCUAGCGACUCGGCUACAACGAACGAUGCUUCUCGAACGAGGCAAAGGAGAAAGAGAAAGUGGGAUCAGCCCGCUGAGCAGCUUGUUGCAGCUGGAGUUGUGCUUCCUCGAUUAGGCAAUGCUAUCAAUGUUCCUCCUGCUGCUACUAACACUGUUGCUCCAUUCUUCCAAACCCCACUUCCAAAACUUAUUCAAGAUGAGCUAACCAUAGCUAGAGAAAUCGUUAUCAACGAUGCUGAAGCUUCUCUUAGGCACAAGCUUACUAAACGCUCAACUCAAGAAGAAAUUCAGAGGUCUACUGGUGCUGUGGUGAUUACUAGGGGCAAGUAUCGUCCUCCAAAUGCACCUCCUGAUGGUGAAAAGCCAUUAUAUCUUCACAUAUCUGCUGCUGCCCAUUUAAAAGAGACUACAGAGCGAAUUUUAGCAGUUGAUCGUGCAGCAGCUAUGAUUGAGGAGAUGAUGAAACAGAAAACAAACUCACAGGUCGGGUUGGUUGGUUCUCCGACGGUCAAGAUGCUGAACACAUGCGUUUAUUUGGGUUUUGAAGCUGACCCAUCAUCUAAUGUUGCUGCUCGUAUUCGUGGGCCUAACGAUCAGUAUAUAAAUCACAUUAUGAAUGAAACAGGAGCAACCGUUGUACUAAGAGGGCGUGGUUCAGGGAACCUUGAGAACCAACAUGGUGAAGAAGCACAGCAACCAUUGCAUCUGUUAUUGUCUAGUAGCAACCCGAAAAGCAUUGACGAUGCAAAACGUUUAGCUGAGAAUCUUAUGGAUACAAUCAGUGUUGAAUUCGGGGCUUCAAGGGUUUCCUCAAGCAAGGUGUAUGGUGCUGUACCACCACCACAGCAACUGCUUGCUGGAGCUCCGAUUCCUGAAACCGCACAAAAGCCAAAUUUGAGUUCAUCAUAUGGUUUGAUGACAUCGCCAAAUGCUGUUAAUCCAUUUCCAGUUCCUCCAGCAACAACAACUCUGUAUCCUCAGUUUCCAGUGUUUCAGCCUCCAGGGAUCUCAAACGGUGGGCACUUGCGACCAAGUCCAGUCAGUUACUUACAACCUGCGGCUGGUGGAACUAGUUAUAGUGGGUAUGCCGGAAUAUACCCUCAAGCCACUCCACUGCAACAAGUUGCUCAAGUCCUUAAGCAAUCUGUUACUCCUGUUGUCUCCACCGUGCCCCCUACUUUGUUGACAUCUGCCGCCUUAUCAAAGCCAAGUGGUAUUCCAAGUAAGGAAACGGAAAGGCGUCCACCCCAGAAGCGCAAGUUUCAGGAGCUACCAGCUGAUUGUAAAGUCCCAGCAAAAUCCAAAGAGGGUAUUCUUAAUAUUGGAGGCACCAUGUGUUUGCAGUCAUCCUUGCUUCAGUUUGGCGAUCAGAAUCAGAACCUUUUUACUUUUAAAACGUCCUUCGAAAGUCGUGACAUGUCUCCCUUGUGUGCAUGCUCCCAUAAGUCCGAGUCAGCAAUGGCAGGUGAAGUUGCUCCAAAGAAUAUACGUGAGCCAACAGCAAAUGGAGUGGGAUCACUGCCUUCACAACGAUCCAUGAUGCCUCCUCCUCCACCAAAGACCAUCCAACCACCACCUUCGAGGGAUGUGUCUCCUCCAUCAUCGAGAACCAUGCUUCCUCCACCACCGCGAUUUACACCAUCAAAACAACCUCCAGCUCCAAGAUUACAGGAGGACCAAAUCACUAUUAAGAAACCAAAUCCAGUUCCAGAUACUUUAAUAAAAUUGAUGGAGUAUGGGGAUGAUGAUGACGAUGAUGAAGACUAGACAUUGACAGUGUAAUGGUAUGAUGGAACCAUCUGAUCUGGCAAAACAAAAUUCCAGGCUAUGCUUGAAACAAUAGAGAAGCCUUGUCCUGAUAUAAAGUUAUAAGACAUUAGCUUACAUUUGUCUUGCAACCUAUUACUAUGGCUGAUUUUGUGAUGCCCCUUUUGUUGUACCUCUUUACGAAUACACACCAAUAGAGAAGCCUUUUCCAA